GAGGCAGGAAUGGCACGGUCGAAGUCACGGUGAGAAAAGGGCGAGGGUGAAGCCCUCGCGCGAAACGGGAGCUAUGGUGAAAAGCUUCGGUUUCUUCGCCGGGAGGGCGAUACCUGCCGUCCACCUUAUGCUUCUCCUCGCUCUGGCUGACACGACGAGCGCCGUAGACCUCUCCCAAUGCAUCGCGCCGCUUGGUAUGGAAUCCGGCGCGAUCCCGGACGCGGAUAUCACGGCAAGCUCUACGUUCGACACGGGAAACGUUGGUCCGCACCUAGCACGAUUAAAAGUGGAGAAUCUGGGUGGCGCUUGGUGUCCCAAGAAUCAGAUCACCCAGGAAGCCCGAGAAUGGCUGGAGAUCGACCUUCAUACGGUUCACUUAAUCACGGCUACCGCUACGCAAGGUCGCUUUGGGAACGGUCUCGGCGUUGAGUAUGCAGAGGCGUAUCUCCUCGAGUAUUGGCGACCACGUCUGGGCAAGUGGGUUCGAUACAGAGAUAUCAAAGGGAAAGAGGUAAUACAGGGUAACACGAACACGUAUUUGGAGUCCAAGCACGAGCUGGAGCCGCCUCUGUGGGCGAGCAAGAUCCGUUUUCUGCCCUACAGCCAUCACACGCGGACGGUUUGCAUGCGGGUCGAGCUCUACGGAUGUUACUGGAGCGAUGGCGUGGUGUCCUAUUCGAUGCCCCAAGGUGAUAAAAGAGGUAACGGAUGGGAAUUCUUCGACGCCACCUACGACGGACACUGGGACGGUGAGCUGCGGCGUGGUUUGGGUCAGUUGACAGACGGCAGGACCGGUCCUGAUAACUUCAAACUGGGAUACUACGAUAACGAUCGCACGCAAGGAUGGGUCGGCUGGAGGAACGACACGCGCGGGCAACCGGUCGAGAUUAAAUUCGAAUUCGACAAGGUCAGAGAGUUCUCGGCCAUUCACAUCUACUGCAAUAAUCAGUUCACCAAGGAUGUUCAGAUAUUUUCCCAAGUCGACAUACUGUUCAGUAUCGGUGGUAAAUAUUACAUCGGCGAACCGAUCACGUACACCUACAUGGAGGACAAGAUCUUCGAGUCGUCCAGAAACAUCACGAUCAAGCUGCAUCAUCGAGUCGGCAAAUACGUGAAGCUGAGGCUCCACUUUUCCGACAGAUGGAUCAUGAUCAGCGAGGUGACCUUCGACUCUGACGUGGCUCACGGCAACUUCACGCCAGAGGAGGCACCGACAACCGAGUCACCGAUCCAGAGCGACGUCUUCGUGGAGAAAAACGGCGCGGCGGAGGGUGAACUUCCGGUCUCGACGGCGAAACACGACGACCCGACGUACAUGGCGGUCGUGAUCGGCGUGCUGACCGCCGUGAUCCUUCUGCUCGCCGUGGCGAUAUUCCUCAUCGUCUCCAGGCACAGGCAACGAAAGUGUUUCGCAAGCCCCAUGACCGGCAAGGCACCGUCCCAUCUUGGAUCUACCUGCGCCACGGUGGAGAAAGGAGCCGCGUUGAUGGCCUACACCUUGGAAGAUGACGAAAGAUACGCGGGCGGUUCGCUGCCAACACUGCCGCGGGACCUGGGGAACCGUUUUCUGGACAUCGUGAAACUCGACGACUAUCAAGAACCGUACCAGGCCUUGAAGUACGCGCCGUACUACAGCUACAGCACCGUCGUUAUGGAGAUGAAAGACAUGAUGCUGAACAACAAGGGCAGUAACAUCAAUCACUCAGCGGUGUACGCGAAUGGUGCAGUUGACACAUCGUACGAUUAUGCGGUACCGGAACUCGGCACGGUGCCCCUGCUCAACCAGGACGGCACGGGACGAGGGCCUGCCGUUUCCAGCGGCGCCAGUGACCAGGACAGCAUCUUCUCCAAGACCUCGUCGCGCGGCAACAAAACGGAAAAUAAAAAG